UCCAGCUUAACGCAUGAGAGCCUACGACUGAGAAACAGCGGUUGGCGGCUGCUCUCUCUCUCUCACUGCUUUCCCCUUGAAAUCAAGGCGCAUUUUAAAACUUUGUUUUUCUUUCUCUUAUUUUCGGAAUCAACCGGACUCCACGCGAAGCCUGUUUUUAUCCAGAUGAGCUUGCCAUGAGCAUCACGCGGCUGGAGACCUAAACCGUGGGGUCUGGAAGAGGUGAAGAUGCCUCAUGGACCGCUCCAUCACCGCCAGUGCGCCAGUUCAGGGCAUCCCGAACGCCGAAUAACAAAGAAAUGCCGAGGUUUAGCGUCAAAUGGGUGGUUGCGGUGGUGCUGAUUGGGGUGGUCGGCGGCGCCUUCUUCUUCUGCGAGUAUCUCAUCUACUUUCCGACCAUCCUCAAGUGCGCCUGGCCGAAGAUCAGCCAUGCUCGCGGCGGAGAGGGCAUCGACGGCCACUCGGUGGACUCUGCGGUCCGCGCUAUGGUGCUGUCGGACACGCACCUCCUCGGAGCCGUCGGAGGACACUGGUUUGACAAGCUGAGGAGGGAAUGGCAGAUGGAGAGGGCUUUCCAGACCGCUCUGUGGCUGCUCAGGCCCGAGAUAGUCUUUAUUCUCGGGGACAUCUUCGACGAAGGCAAGUGGAGCUCGCAGAAGCACUGGGAGGACGACGUGCGUCGCUUCCACAGGAUGUUCAGACACUCCACUGACACGGAACUGGUUGUACUGGUUGGAAAUCAUGACAUCGGUUUCCAUUAUGAGAUGGACUGGUUCAAGCUGCAGCGGUUUGAGAAGGUCUUCAACGCUUCCUCCACCAGGAUCGUCACCAAAAAGGGCGUCAAUUUUCUGCUGGUGAACAGCGUGGCCCUGCACGGCGACGGCUGUCCCAUCUGCCAGUCGGUGGAAAAAGAGCUGAUCAAACUCUCCAGGGACCUCAACUGUUCUCUUCAGAGCGCGCAGUCAGGGAGCGGAGUGAUGGACGGCUGUGAAGGCUCGCAGCUCUACCCUCCCACACCCCCCAUCAUGUUACAGCACUAUCCUCUGUACAGAGUGAGUGACGCUGGCUGCACAGGACAGGACGCCGCGCCGCCUGAAGAGCGACACCUGCUGUUCAGAGAGAAGUACGACGUGCUGUCGAAGGAGGCCUCACAGAGACUGCUGCAGUGGUUUAAGCCCCGCCUCAUCCUCAGCGGACACACCCACAGCGGAUGUGAGGUUCUCCAUGACAACAAGUACCCAGAAAUCAGCGUGCCAUCCUUCAGCUGGAGGAACAGAAACAACCCCAGCUUCAUCCUUGCGACGGUGUCACCGAGCAGUUACACGCUGUCCAAGUGUUUCCUGCCGGAGGAGAGCACGGUGAUCAGCGUUUACUGCUCGGCCGGCGCCUGCCUGCUGCUGCUGUUCCUCGCUCACUGUCUGUGGAUGAAAGGCCUGCUGCAGUGCCUCAGCCUCUGCCUGCUGGGGAAACACAAGUCUCUGUGAACUACAUUAGCCACAGCCCACCGGGACAGAGCCAUAAGCUGGUAAUUUGGUGUAAGUUGAUGUGAGGAUGCUCUGUGUGGACCAAAAAUAACGACAAGAAAAAAAAAAAUCUGUUUGCACAACCUUGAUUUGUUUGUCCGGGUGUUUAAAGGCACUGUGAAGGACAUUAUAUGAUUUUUAAAUGUUUUUAAAGGACUCAGAGUUAAUCACUACUGGUACUGAUGGUGAUGGUGAUGUUAGAGCCUGUGACGGAGGCCCAAUUGUUCUUACAAAUCAUCAGUUUUAACUUCCUCGGAGGAAAAGUAACCGUCACUGACUUCACCGCUGAGUGAGAAAGUACGCAUGCGUGGCACGGGUAGCACAAAUCAAAGGAGUAAAUAUGUAAAUACUAACUGUCCCUGGUCUGGUUUAAGGUGGUGAAGGUGCUUUAAGUCUCUUCUCUCUGAUGUUACCUGUGAGCCGAUGUGAACGCACACUGAUCAUCUCACUCUGAACACUCUUCGUUUCUGUCGUCGAUGUCAGAUAGUCCAUCCGGGUUCCUCAUUGUUUUUAUGACGCAUAUCAGAGAAAAAACAAAAAGAUAUUGUUGCUGAUUUUCUGUGCCAAAUGUUUGUGAAGGUUUUUUGCCAAAUCGUUGGAACGUUUCUGAUGAACUGUACAUAAUAAAUAAUCAGAAUCUUAAAGCCUGUUUCACAGUUUUCUGGUGGACGAGGGAGGAUGUUAUCACACGCGACAGACGAAAUCCUUAAUAUAUAGGUACAAAUAUUUUAUGUUUGCAGAUUCAUGUGAAAUAAAAUAUAAGAAA